AUGGACGCCUGUGUUGGCAUACUUAUUAUGACUGGUGCGAACCAUAGCAAUGGAGAACAUGUUCCAGAUUUAUGGAGCGUCAAAAACUGUCCUUUAUAUCGCGCCACAAUUGGAGUCAACCGUUUCUGUUCGAUAUUGCAGUUCCUAAGAUUUGACGAUAAAAACACUCGUGCAACACGCUUACUAACUGAUAAAGCAGCACCGAUCAGUGAGUUGUGGACGAUGAUGAACAAUAAUCUUGCUGCACAUUACAAGCCCAGCUCAUGCUUGACGAUUGAUAAACAAUUAUUUCCAUACCGUGGACGCACACGGUUUACGCAGUACAUACCGUCAAAACCUGCUAAAUAUGGCGUCAAGGUUUGGUGGAUUUGCGAUGCCACAAAUGCAUAUCCACUGCAUGGACAAAUAUAUACUGGCACUCGUGAUAAUGCAGAAGCAAAUGCAGACUCUGUCUUGGAUUCAUCUACGAGUGAUAGUUUAAAUGAAAUUUCAUCGCCACCUCCGAAGAAACAAAAAAGUCUCUACUUAGAAAGUCUCUACCAGAAACUUGGCGCACCAAUGGAGAACUUAGAAAAGCAAAUGGCGGCGCCGGCUGAAAGAUGUGAAACUGAUUAG